AUGAGAAAUGAACUAGUGUGGAAGCAGAAACGAGUGGGAGCCUCGGAUAUUGUUGCAUCGGCGAGAAACUAUCUUGACCAAUGGAGAAAUGCUCAGAAAUCUCAAAUUGAGAUAUCAUGGCCUGGUUUUCAGGCAGGUGAUGGAGCUGAGCAAUGGGUAUGUCCACCUGAGAAUAGUGUCAAGAUUAAUGUAGAUGCAGCGUUGUUCGACAAUGGGAAUCGGGCAGGAGUGGGAGUAGUAAUCAGGGAUGCAAAUGGAUUGUUCAUUGAUGGUUUCGUAAGAAUGUUUUAUGAAGCCUUAGAUCCAACUCUUGUGGAAACAAUGGGAGUUCGAGAAGCACUAAGUUGGUUGAAGAGAAGUCCACGGCAGCAAGCUUUUGUUGAAACUGAUUGCCUUACAGUGGUGCAAGCAAUUCGGAGUCAAGUGAAGAUGAUUUCGUUAUUUGGUAUAGUUAUUUCAGAAUGUAAGGUGUUAAUUCAGGAGUUGAAAAAUGUCUCAAUUUGUUUUGUUAAGCGGUCUGCUAAUAUGGUAGCUCAUACUCUUCCAAGAGCUUCCAUAUUAUAUCUUGAUCGUAGUUUCAGUUUGGGGGAUGUCCCAACUGAUCUGCUACCUUAUUUGGUAGUUGAAUUUGCUGGCUAA